AUGGCGACCGUCCCAGUGCCUGAGAAUCACACCUUCUUCCAGCUAGAAGACAAGCGCUUCCUCGCACUACCAGAGUUGGAGGCGUGUCUCUCCCCCCUAUUGAACAAUGAGGCGCUGAAUGCCACGGAGAGACCGAGUCCAACCUGGCUCCAAGAUCAAAUCCAGACCUGGCUACGUAUAGACGAUGUAUUCAAACCAGAAUUCCUUACCGGCAUGAUUUUCGUGACAGAAAACAACAGUAGCCAGUCGGACCUGUCAGCUUCUAUCGGAAGCCUGCCCAAGGAAUGGAAGCCAGAUUGGUGGAUCACCUUUAAGCAGGAGACUAACAGCAAGCUACGCGCAGGCCCUCACAUGGUCUCGCAGGGGAAACUUUUCUCUGUCUACAGAGUGCAUGAUGACGUGAAUGGGGCAUUCAUGGUUGCCAUCCAGCCUCAGUCUACACCAGGGCCUUUCAAAAACCUCCAUGCGAGCGGGGACUUCUAUACAAGCCUCGGAGUAGCGGUGGGCUCCCGUAUUGCGGGAGCCCACGCAGUAGGCAAACCCCUUAGUGGGGUAAGAUUUGCCAUCAAGGACAUCUUCGAAGUUGAAGGCCUCCGGACAACAGCAGGGAAUCGAGCUUACUACAGCCUCUUCAAUCCGGCAACGAAAACAUGCCCGGCGAUUAAGCGACUGAUUGAUGCCGGGGCUGAGCUCCUUGGUACUCUCAAACUAGGCUCGCUGAUCGCCCGAGAGGAGCCUACAGAAUCUGUCGAUUAUCAUGCACCAUUCAACCCGCGAGCAGAUGGCUACCAAUCGGCCUGGAGUAGCAGCGGUGGAAGUGGCGCGGCUAUUGCUUCUUAUGAUUGGAUAGACUUCACCCUUGGUACCGACACAACGGGAAGUAGUCGCCGGCCCGCGAUGGCAAAUGGAGCUUUCCAGAUCCGCCUUACUCAUGAUUUGAUCCCCUUGGACAAUUCAGUACCUUCUUUCCCGAGAUUUGAUUCACUUGCCAUGUACGCCAGAAGUAUUCUCUCUUUGGAAAAAUGGGUCAGCGUUUGGCUUAACCAGACGAGUGCUACCUAUGAUGGUCUUCCGAUGUCAAUUGUCUACCCUGUAGAUUUUCUGCCAGUACAGAACGCCGCACAGAUGCAACUGAUUCAUUCAUUCAUUGAUGACAUGGAGGCCACAUUAGGCAUAAAAACAGAAAAGGUUUCUAUUGCUGAUACGUGGAAAACUUCUCCACCAAACGAGGCUAUUAACAUCUCGGUUCAGGAGUACCUAAAAGAUGUGAGCCCCAUCAUAGAUUUUACUCUGCUCCUCCGGAAGAGACUAUUUGCUGAUGAUGAGGUUUAG